AUCUUGUUAGUCCAAUUUGAACCUUAAGUCUACCGCAUGUGUUCUUUCAGCUGAGUGGAGCCGUGUUCGUUGCGGUCAAUCUGAACCGGAUUGAUUCCUCGUGUUGUGAUGGCUCUCGGUAGUGAAGUGAAUGAUAACUCCACGAAAAACGCUCCCCAAAAAGUGAAAAAAUGUCCUGCAAACAGUACUGUGAACGACAAGAGCAACAGUGGCAAUGGUAACAAUACUGAAAAACAAGAUAAACAAUCGGCAAAAAUGAAGAAUGAUAAGAAGGAAGUAUGUGUAAAGCCGGUGGUUUGUAGUAAUGGGCACACGAGUACGCCCAACGGGCGGGCGGAAGACGAGGGCGAUGGCAACAGUGCGCCGGCACCACGUGUGUCGUAUGCGGCUGCGGCGCGCAAACCACCUUCGCCACAAAUCAACAACACACCCGCCUCCUUCCCCCCUAGUACAGAGACACAGAAGAUAAAGGCAAAUGGUGAGAAGUUGUCACAUCCGAAAUCCGGAGUUUGUACAAUGAAAGUUAACGGAGAGGGACUUGUACCCAGCAAUAAUGAUAGUAAGGAUGAUAAAAUACGUACCAAAGAACCAAUAUUAAACGGCACAGACAAAACAGAGACCAUUGUUAAUGGUGACCCAAAAAAAGAAUUAGAUUGUGAUAUUAGCAGUAGUGAUAAUACUAAAGUAGUUUCUAAUGGAAUUAACAGUGAACCCGAUGACCCUAAAACAAACAAGUCUGAAGAAAAACCAGAAGUAAUAAAAUUAGUUUGUCCCAAUAAACCGGAAGGUAAACAGGUAUCAGAAAGCAAGAAGGAUAAAAAGACAAAAAUGGCCGAUAAAUCUAAUGAUUCGGAAAAGAAAAAGGAAUCUGCAAAAGACAAAAACGCUGAUGGCAAGAAAGAUAAGAAAGAUGAUGGUACUGUACAUAAAAUUGAUGGUGCGGAUAAAGUAAACGGGGAGAGUAGUAAAGUUUUAAAUGGAGAUGGGGAUAGAGAGUCUUCUCCGAGUGAAGAUGGCGAUGAGAAGAAGAGAGACGCAGAAGUUGUGUUCAUUCAAGACAUGGGCUUUACUGUCAAGAUUGUGAGCCCUGGAGCUGAGCCGUUAGAUAUUCAGGUUUCAAGCAUGGAGCUCGUGCAAGAAAUCCACCAAGUGCUAAUGGAUCGCGAAGAUUCGUGCCACAGGACUUGCUUCUCCUUACAAUUAGAUGGCGUCACUUUGGACAACUUCGCCGAGCUCAAGAACAUCGAAGGAUUGAAAGAAGGAUCUGUUAUUAAAGUUGUAGAAGAGCCCUACACAAUGCGUGAGGCUCGCAUCCACGUGCGUCACGUUCGAGAUCUUCUCAAGUCCAUUGACUACACAGACGCUUACGCUGGACAGGAAUGCAGCUCCUUAGCCUUCCUCAACGUCAUCACACAAGGAGACAUUUUAGAAAAGAAAAAGUCCCGUCCAGAGAGUGUUGAUUGUACACCUCCUGACUACAUAAUGCCGGGUAGUACCGAGCGACCAUUGCUGCCACUGCAUCCAGGACUUACCAAGGAGAAUAAGGCUCCACAAUGCUUGAAGGUCCUAACCACGUCGGGCUGGAACCCGCCGCCUGGGCCGCGCAAGAUGUGCGGCGAUCUACUUUAUCUGCAUGUCGUGACUCUCGAAGACCGCCACUUCCACAUCACGGCGUGUCCCCGAGGAUUCUACCUUAACCAGUCUACCGAAGAAGUGUUCAACCCCCGUCCGGCCACGCCAUCGCUGCUGUGCCACUCGUUGAUCGAGCUGUUGAGCAUCGUCUCGCCUUCCUUCAAGCGAAACUUCGCCCUCGUACAGAAGAAACGUAUGCAGAAGCAUCCCUUCGAGAGAGUCGCCACGCCGUACCAAGUGUACCAAUGGGCCUCUCCUAUGCUCGACCAUACCGUGGACGCUAUUCGCGCCGAAGACACGUUCUCUUCAAAGCUGGGUUACGAAGAGCACAUCCCGGGUCAAACCCGCGAUUGGAAUGAAGAACUUCAGACGACCCGCGAGCUCCCUCGCUCCACGUUGCCCGAACGCUUGCUGCGUGAGCGAGCUAUCUUCAAGGUCCACAGCGACUUCGUAGCGGCAGCAACUCGCGGCGCGAUGGCCGUGGUAGACGGCAACGUGAUGGCCAUCAACCCAGGCGAGGAACCCAAGAUGCAAAUGUUCAUAUGGAACAACAUAUUCUUCUCUCUCGGCUUCGAUGUACGCGACCACUACAAGGAUCUAGGCGGAGAUGCCGCUGCAUUUGUUGCACCGCGCAACGAUCUCCAAGGAGUUCGCGUCUACAGCGCAGUCGACACCGCCGGUCUACACACUCUAGGCACCGUAGUUGUAGACUACCGCGGCUACCGAGUCACUGCACAGUCUAUCAUCCCCGGCAUAUUGGAGAAGGAACAAGAACAGAGCGUGGUUUACGGCAGUAUCGACUUUGGUACCACUGUGUUGUCGCACCCGAAGUAUAUGGAGCUGUUAAGCAAAGCGGGCCAGCAGUUGAAGAUAAUGCCACAUUCAGUGAUCAGCGCCAACGGUGAGACUGUCGAGCUGUGCUCCAGUGUCGAGUGUAAGGGUAUCAUUGGCAAUGAUGGCAGACACUACAUUCUGGAUCUACUGCGUACUUUCCCGCCUGAUGUCAACUUCUUGCAAUUGGAAGACGAUGAACUGAGAGAGGAUAUCAAGUCAAUGGGCUUCCCCAUUAUUCACAAGCACAAACUAUGUUGCCUCAGACAGGAAUUAGUUGACAGUUUCGUCGAGGCACGUUAUUUCAUGUUCAUUCGCUACGCCGCUUUCCAUCUGCAACAGUUAAGUGCUAAGCGUCAACGUGACAAUGCUGCACAGAAAUCGAUAGAAAAUAAGGAGAGCGAAACCAAGGAGGCUGCCAAUGAGACUGAAACUAAGGAAGUCAAACGUGACGCGAAGAGCCAGGAGAAAGAAGUUAAGGACAAGAAACAAAAGAAGGACAAAGAAGAUAAGAAGGAAAAAGAAGAUAAGAAAGAGAAGGAAAGUGCCAAAAAGGAGACUAAAGAUAAAGAACCCGUUGAUGAGAAGGCCGCACCCAAGGGUGAGAAGAAGGAUGAUGAGUUACUCCUCAAUGAGAAUUAUUCUGAGAUUGAUACUGAUGUUGCUAAGAAGAUUGUUGAAAGUAUAACUGAUUCGAUCUGCAGUGGAUCAGACAAACAAGAGAGUGAUUCAGGGGAACGUUCCCGCGCAGUGGUCGCUGCGGCGGCGCGGGCUGUAGCCUCACUGAAGGAGUCGGAGUUCGAUGUCCGGUUCAACCCCGACGUGUACUCCGCGGGUAUUAAACACGCGGCCGAACCUGAGCAGCUGGCUAAACAGAGACAUCUCGUGAAAGAAGCUGCGGCGUUCUUGCUUACUACGCAGAUACCGGCUUUUGUCCGCGAGUGCCUGGAGCACACGUCGGCACCGAUGGACGGCGCGGGGCUGACUGAAGCCCUGCACGCGCGCGGCAUCAACGUGCGCUACCUGGGCCGCGUGGCCGCCGCGCUCAAGCCGCACGCGCACCUCGCCUACCUGCACGCCAUCGCCGUCGGAGAGCUGCUGCUGCGCGCCGCCAAGCAUAUCUACACGGCUUAUCUGCAGGGUUGCGAAGCCAUGUGCAUCGGUGCCGCAGUUGCACACUUCCUGAACUGCCUGGUGGGAGCAUGCCCCAACCCGGCACUGAGCGCAGCGGAGGGCCCCGGAGCAGCCCGGGGUGGGGCCCGCGGGGGCCGAGGCCGGAGGGCCCGGCGCCACGCGCACGCGGCCCCGCCGCCCGACCCGCACCCCGACUGGCACAACCUCACGCCCAAGUCGCUCUUCACGCACAUCAAGCAUGAACUUAAGGCAUACUGGGGUUAUGAACUUAACGCAGACAGCAUGGAUUCUGUCAUAGAGAAACAUGGUUUACAGAAAAUAUCACUGCUCAGAUCUUUUGCUCUCAAAGUAGGCCUACAGUUGAUGUUGCGCGAAUAUGACUUUGAUAGCAAGAACAAGGCACCGUUCACGGCUACUGACAUCAUGAACAUCUUCCCAGUCGUCAAACAUAUCAAUCCACGAGCAUCGGACGCAUACAACUUCUACACGACCGGUCAGAACAAGAUUCAAGCGGGCGCCGUCUCCGAAGGCCACGAGUUAAUCGCCGAAGCCCUAAACUUGUUGAACAAUGUCUAUGGGGCGAUGCAUGGAGAAAUUGCCCAGUGCCUCCGUAUGGUGGCGCGACUGUGCUACGUGACCGGAGAACAUAGAGACGCCAUGGCUUACCAACAGAAGGCUGUGCUGAUGUCCGAGCGUGUCAAUGGAAUCGAUCAUCCGUAUACGAUUACUGAAUAUUCCCACUUGGCGCUGUACUGCUUCGCCAACGGUCAAGUGAGCACGGCGCUGAAGUUGCUGUACCGCGCACGUUACCUCGCACUGCUCGUGUGCGGCGAGAAUCAUCCCGAGAUGGCGUUACUUGAUAGCAACAUCGCGCUGAUCCUGCACGCGGUGGGCGAGUACGAGCUGUCGCUGCGGUUCGCGGAGCGCGCGCUGGCGGUGACGGUGGCGGCGCACGGGCCGCGCUCGCUGAAGGCGGCGGUGGCGCGGCACCUGCUCGCGCGCACGCUGUCCUGCCUCGGAGACUUCCGCGCCGCGCUCACGCAUGAGAAGGAGACUUACUCUAUCUAUAAGCAGCUGCUGGGCGAGAAACACGAGAAGACCCGCGAGUCCUCGGAAUGCCUGCGCCAUCUGACCCAGCAAGCAGUCGUACUGCAGAAGCGGCUCGCGGAGGCAUACGCGCGGUCGCCCCACGCCGCGCCCGCGCCGCCGCCGCUGCACAUCCAGCCGCCCGGCAUGGCGUCCGUCAUCGAUAUGCUCAACCUUAUCAAUGGCAUUCUGUUUGUGCAGAUCAGUCCGCAAGACAUCGAGCAGUUCAAGGCGGAGAUCGAGAAGCGGCAGCUGAAGGAGCUGCCGCUGGGCGGCGUGCUGGGCUCGCUGGACAAGGCGCCCGCCGACGACGACAGUUGAAGCGCCACAUGUUCCACGACCAUUGGACAUUUAACUAUAUACAUUGUUAUUUUAAUAUAAUUAUUGAUUGAUGAUAUUGUUCCUUAUCUAUGAAUGUAUGCGGUAGUGAAUAGUGUGCUAAGGUUUGAUGUAGACUUUUUUUGUUAGUAAAAUUUUGAGGAUAUUAUUUUGAUCAAAUAAUUAAGUGUUAUUUUAAAUGAAUUCACGCGGACUGCAAAAAGUAAGCAUGUGCGUACAUUUCGCUCAAAUCACGCAGAUCUAGUUUUAAUUUUACGCUUCCGUUCGGAAUUCACAAUUUUAUCUACACCCAAAGUAGUGCAAUUUCAAGUAGUGAUAAUAGCAAUAAGUUUUGGUUGUGAACCUGAGACCGUGUGCGUCGCUAUGUUAUGGUAACUGGUGCUACUGCCAAUUUGUCCUUCGUAUAUAUUAUAAUGGUUUUAUGAAUUGUUAUUGUCGAGUAUUAUUUUUUUUUAACUAGUACGGGAGUAUAUUGUUGAAACACCUGUAGCAGUAGAAAUUCAGUUAUAUUGUGAUUGAAAUGUAACAGGAUUUGAAUGGCUCGGAUAUGCGACUUGGAGCCAUUAGGAUGUCCACGAAUUAACUGCAUGCUAAAUUCUAAAUAGUUUAUAUAUAGAGAACAACUUAAUGAAUUUAGCUCGAUUUACAAACACUGCCUUUAAUGUUACAUUUUAGUUUCAGGUUUAGUUGUUAGUGCCAUAUGAAUGUAGUGCAUGUAAGUUGUGUAAUAUUUUUGUUAGUCUGUGAUAUAGCAUGUUUAUCAUCGAGUGACUUGCCUUUUAUGCAAUAAAGACAUUGUAACUGGCAAUACAGUUUCGGCUUCCAAUCUGUUUGGUAUGUAAAGUAAGAUCUACUAAAUCAACAAAUAAUAAAUUAGUGAGUAUAAUAUAAUGAAUAAUGAUAUACUUAUCGUCGAUAUAAUUUAUAAUAUAACGAGCCUUGUGAAAGAACAUGUAGCUACGGUGUAUUCAUGUUAUACUUCUAUGAUAUAAAUCAACUAUUCUUAUAAUGGUAUUGAUAUCUUGUCAGUGACGCCAAAUGAACAAAUGUUAAUGAAUGAGUGUUUUGGGAAAAAUGUAUUUUAAGAGUACUUUGCCUUUCGAAAUCAACAGUUUCUAUGUCAUGUCGUUAAUCGUUGUCCAGUGUCGCUACAUAUCCGAAUUAGCUUUGUUGUAUGUUAGUCGUCACAUUUCACUUCAAGCAUCGAAACAUUUUGCCUUUAUUUGUGUCAAUCUUGAUAAAAUAUAUUUAUUUACUUUACGACGACAGUUAUUACAACUGAAUGUCAAUAAUGUUGGCGAUAACCCAUGCUGUUUUCGUGAUUAUUCUUAGAUGUUCUUCAUGUUGUAAUAACCUAAUCUAAUCGUGUAACUUAUGGGUUUCAUAGAUUGUGCUUUGAGUCAAUUCUCUCAUGUAGUUCACAUAUGUAUUUUAAAUAUUUCAGGCCAUACUUGUGUAUGUGAAAGUAUACUGUUACCACUCACUUUUAUAGUAAUAGAUUGCACGUCAUUGCGUAUCGAUGAAAUCUGACAAUGCAUCGUCAGUUUCAUAUCAGUGUGAGCAUAUUGUGCAUGCAAUGUGUUUUAUUUCACUAAUAUACAUUAUAAGGAGAAUGCGGUAAGGUUACCAUGUGGUAAUACGAUAAUACUUGACGAUAAAGAGUUAUCGUCGAGAGAUUGUCAUCGAUACGCACAUCGUACCGUGCUCGUUAGCUAAAUAUAUAAGAAUGUUGUUCGAUGAAGUACGUGCCUAAGCAAACAAUAAUCAAUCGUUGUUGUUACAUUUCUUUAACAAUAUGAUGACCAUGUAAAUACGGCGCUGUUCGUAGUAUGAUAAUAAAAAAUCGUUUUUAAAAA